AUGAACGAUUACAUGACUUGUCUUUCCGAAUACAACAAGCCCGAAAAGUACUCCGAAGACACGGUCGCAUUAAACCCACUGCACGACAUGCCAGCAGCUUCGGUGGACAGACCGGCUGUGUCUCUGUCCUUUGCCAACAAUUUCUGGGGAAAGGAGGAUGCCGGAGUCCAACCUCUCCUCGAGCGCAUGCUCGCAGCGAAGCAGACUUCUGACGAACUAAAAGCAUUCUACAGCGUACGAGCGUCGAUUGAAGAAGAUUACGCUCGGAAAUUGCUAUCACUGUGUCGCAAACCGCUCGGCUCCCUAGAGACGGGUAGCCUCAGAACGUCACUCGACACUUUGCGGGGGGAGGUCGAGGCCAUGGCCAAACAGCAUCAGAAUAAUGCUGCACAGAUGAAGAGCGAACUGGAAGAACCGCUUGGUGCUUUUGCUGGGGGGAUGAAGGAGAGGAGGAAGAUCGUGCAGAACGGUAUCGAAAAGCUGCUGAAGACGAAGAUUCAGCAGACGCAGCACGUAAACAAGACACGAGAUCGUUACGAACAGGAAUGCCUGAAGAUCAAAGGUUAUCUUGCUCAGGGACAUAUGGUCAUGGGCCAGGAGGAGCGUAAAAACAAAGCUAAACUUGAGAAAACACAGAUUUCGGUUGCAACAUCCAACACGGAAUACGAGCAUGCGGUCAAGGCGCUUGAGGAUACGACGGCUCGUUGGAACCGAGAAUGGAAAGCUGCCGCGGACAAAUUCCAGGAUCUUGAGGAAGAGCGCCUCGACUUCACCAAAAGCAGCCUUUGGCAGUUUGCCAAUAUUGCAUCCACAGUAUGCGUCAGCGAUGAUGCUUCAUGCGAGAAGAUCCGUCUGUCUCUGGAGAAGAUGGACGUUGAGAAAGACAUAAUUACCUUCAUCAAUGACCGGGGCACAGGCCAGGAGAUUCCAGACCCUCCGAAAUAUAUCAACUUCUGUAGAGGAGACGCCACCGACACGCAGUCCGAAGCGUCAGAGGACGAAAAUUACUCGGUAGCACAGUUCCCCAGGAGCAUUAACCCUGCAUUCAGAUCCUCAUCACCACAGCCGUCAACUUACGAGUCUCACCACGACCCGAAUUCACACCUCGCCCAGAAUCUCGGCCACAGAGAGCCACAACAAACACCAGGACGCGACAGCGGGCUUGCCGCACGAGGGACGCCCCAAGUCUCGAGCGGUGUGCGACACGGUCAGAUUGACGCAUCCCAAACUCAUCAUCAGCCGCCGCAGCACCGACUUCCUCACGAUACGACCCAGCAUGGACCCUUGGCGGCAGUACCACACGACCCCUAUCCACUUGAUGGCAUGACUAUGCUCUGUCGCACAGGUCCACCCUCGGAGCGCAGUUCUCAUCCUGCUUCAGCUCGGCCCUCCAGCCGAGACUCACAUAGCGAGUAUAGCUACCCUACGUCGCUAUCGAGCCAAGAACCCCCCAGUGGUAAAGCAUCCCCGAGCAAACAAGAACAGGUACCACUAGAGGCGGCACCGGAGCGUCGAGUCUUCAAGAAGAGAAGCGGCUUUUUUCAGAACCACAGCCCAUUCCGGCGCAAAAGCACCAAAGAAGCAGCGCAGUCGUCUUCCAUCAGAAAUACUUGGCAUUCUGCAUCUCACAGCGGCCAAGCCAGUCCCAAUCGGCGUCCGCAAAUUUACUCGAAGGAGACGUCUACGAUACUCUCAGAUCGUGCAACGAACAGUCCUGAGCCCAUCGAUGCGAAUGCUAGCCUGGCACUAAACGUAGGCCAGAACGUGUUCUCCGUCACAACCCCGGAUAUGGAAAAACGGAUGGCAAACAACCCGAAGGCCACUCCCGAAGAAAAUGAUCCGAUUGCGUUGGCACUUGCUGAGUUAAAAGGCGUCGGCGCAGACAAGCAAGCAACCGUCAGGGUGUCUGCCGACCGCUACCACGGCAUCGCUACGCCUGCCCCCAGCUCGCAGCAGUCCUUUGCCAGAUCGGUCCCACCGCUGGCUAGUAGCAGCGCUGCAACCACCGGCCUGAGAGGCACACCCCCACCCUCAUAUGACCAACAAGUACAAAGACUGGGUGUUCCUCCUGCUGCUGUCACUGCCAGGGCUAUGAAGGAAACAUCUCAGAAGUUCACUGAACAAGCACGCUCGGUGUUCGGCUCAGACAGUCGACCAGGCUCGAGCGGGUUUACAGGCAAUUCGACAGCACGCACUACAACCAGGGGGCGUGAGGUGCCCAGGGCUAUGUCUCCAGCGCCGCCUCGAAGUGUAUCUCCGAGACCCGAUAUGUCCAGUAGUGUACGAAGUGCCCAUCGCACUGCUUCACCAAAUCCUCGCCUGGCCAGCCAGCACGAUCUGGGAGCUGGACCAGCCAGGCCUCAGGAUCAAGACUACUACCGACAAGGCUCUCCAAACGGUGUGGCGAGAUCGGCGUCCCCGGCACCGUUUCGCGAGUAUACAAGGUCUAAUAGCGGUCCGGCGCAGGUUGACAUGUCCGUUCAAUUGGCGCCGCUCGGAGAUGAGAACCAUGGAUCACAGCGAGGUCGGAAUGGAGGCCGGCCAGGGACAAGCUCUAGCAAUCGUGCUAUGGGACUUUACGAUGGUGGAGGACCCGCGCAAAGCGGUUCGCGUCAGCGAAGCAAGAGUGUUGCUGAUCCUUCGCGCCAGUACACUCGAGAUGGCCGUGCCAUUCUUCACUUUGCGAGGGCAAUGUACAUGUACCAGGCGGCCAUUCCAGAAGAGCUUGGCUUUUCUAAAGGCGACAUGAUGGCUGUGCUCAGGCACCAAGAUGAUGGUUGGUGGGAAGCAGAGGUACAUGGCGGUAAUGGACGUGUUGGUCUUGUACCUAGUAACUACCUCCAAGCCUGCUGA